UUGAGAUGAGUUUGCCGGUCGGAAGUCAUUCCCGCUUGUUGCCACGGCGGCGCGGAGGGCGUGAGUCCAGGGCGGAGGCCGACCAGACGGGCGCGUGAGCGCACGGGCACGGCGUGGCCGGGCGGAGACGGCUACAGCCUGGCUCGGACAGGCGUGCUCAUGAUCUGGUGCAGGCGGCACGCGGUAUUGAAUUCAUGCUUCAGCCAACUCAUCAAAAAGUUUGAACUGAUGGAGGGAGGCAGGCAAUAUAUUUCAACACUCCCACUUUACGUCUAGGCUAUUUUAUUCCUUAGACAUGGGAUCGAUGUAGGCCUCAAAAUCGUUUUAUUUAAUACUGCGCUGGCAGGGUCUUGAACUCAAGACCUCUUGGCUCUGAUACCAUAUUGAAUUCAUACUCCAGCCAACUCAUCCAAAAGUCCGAACUGAUGGAGGGAGGCGGGCAAUAUAUUUCAACAUGCGGGGCGCGACCGCGGAGGCAGGGAAGCGGCGUCGACGCGGCCACGGCCGGCGACAAGGGCACAAGGCGCGGCCCUACGGCAGUUGUCUUCGCCGAUGCCGGCCGCUGAUGCGUCGAGGGCUAAAGGUAUUUCAUAUAGCAACUAGUAUAUGCGUUAAUUGUUGACGUAUAAUGUGUUACGUAGUCUUUUCCAUAAGAUUGGUCUUUUGGUUGCAUUGGCUAGAGCAUGCACUUCUACAUGGUAUCAGAGCCAAGAGGUCUUGAGUUCAAGACUCGGCUGGCGCAAUUAAAUUGCAGCCCACUUUUGGUCCACGUAGGCCUGAGGGAGCCACACGUGAGGAGGAGUGUUGAUGUAUAAUGUGUUGCCUAGUCUCUUCCAUCAGAUCGGUCUUUCGAUUGCAUUGGCUAGAGCAUGCACUUCUACAUUAAUAAAUCAGAAAGAAGCACCUUGUUACUGUAGCAAUGAAAUCAAGGGCGAGGCUGCCGCAUGGAAGCUCUUCUGCCGGGGUGAGGGCCGCUGUUUGCCACGCCCGGGUGCAUCGCCGCUACAGCCACCAAGCCGCUCAUGGUCUGCCCGUGCUGGAAGGCUAGAUGGCCUUGUCCUUGGUCGUUGCAUCGAGUUGCUAGGAUCCCAUGGGCUCGACGUAUACACCGGUGCCGCCACGCCCGAGAGCGUUGUCGUCGUAGACGGCCGUGCCGACAAGACCGCGCAUAUGGGUGCCACCGUUGGCGGAGGGAGUCGCUGCAGAGGGUCGGACGAGAGCCGUGGCCUCGGCUGCCGCCCCCGGGGAAGGGCUCUCCAUGCUGGAAUCGCUCAGUCAGGAGCAUGCGAUAACGUGUAAAAGUUGGUAGAGACUUGAUGAACAAAUCAGUCCUAUAAUUUGACUUGCAAGAUAUGCAAUAUAGUGAUACUGCUUAUUAUGUAACAUGUAUGCAUCCAGACAACACAAGUAACAUUAUUUUAGAGA